CCUUGAUCGAAGCUUAAGCAGUGAACGAAUAACACCAAGAGGUAGUAACACGAAGGCCCAGCGUCUACCAUCCGCAAUCGACUAUACAGUACCGCAUACAAUGCCUCCGCCUCCCCCACCUCCUCCACCACCAAUGAUGGGCGGGGGGCCUCCUCCUCCACCUCCUCCACCCGGCGGUGCACCAAGUGCUCCUCCACUAGCUCAACCCAGCCGUGGAGCCCUUCUCGGCCAGAUCCAACAAGGACGAAGACUCAAGAAAGCCGUGACGAAUGACAGAAGUGCGCCUAUCGUUGAUGGAACUGCGUCGAAGUCCACCGGCAGUAUGAAUGCGCCAGCAAGUGCACCGAGCAUUCCGGGGAGAUCCAGGGCUACGAGUAGUGCUACCGGAGGUGCUGCUUCUGCACCGCCCGCUCCUGCUGCUCCUGGAUUGGGAGGGUUGUUUGCGGGAGGCAUGCCUACUUUGAAGAAAACUGGCCGAGCUGCUACACCACCCCCAGCUCCUUCAGCUCCAGCGCCCCAAUUGCCAGCGUUAAGACCACCGUCAUCCGUGCCAACACCACCUCGGGCACCGCCAGUACCCGGCUCAGCGGCCCCUCCACCCCCUCCUAUGCCAGGCGCAAGAGCCCCGCCAGCGCCGCCAAUGCCCAGUUCCGCAGCUCCAUCGCUCAGAAAACCUCCCGGCGCGCCGGCUAUUACACCUCGUUCCGUCUCAACAGCAAGUUUAGGGUCAGGAGCACCUCCAACGCCUGGGCGUGCAAGCCCAGCGGCACCCGGAGCUCCUCCUCCACCACCACCGUCUAUGCCUGGAAUGUCAGCGCCGUCUGCUCCGUCAGGACCGGGUGCACAACCUGCGCCUCCUCCACCCAUGCCUGGAUCCGUUGCUCCUCCACGGCCAGCAGCCGCCGCUCCACCUGCACCACUAAUGCCGAGCUUUGGUGCACCGGCUGCUGCACCACCACCGCCGCCUCCCCUGCCCGGGAGUGCAGCUCCGCCGUUACCGAGGAUGUCUGCGCCUAUGGCUCCGUCUACACCAUCACCACCUCCGCCACCACCGGCGCCCGCACCGCAGCCGGUAAGGUCGAUGUUAAGUCCUCCACCUCCGCCUUCCGCUCCUAGCCCGGCUCGUGCCGCUGCUCAGGCGGCGAUGAGCUCCCUUCCCUCUUCUUCUCCUUCACGUCCGCCGGCACCUCCGGCACCAAGUAACGCACCUAUGACUAUCCGCCCAACAAACGCGGACGUUGCAAUCGACGACAGUAGGUUCAACUGGAAGGCGCAGAAUGAGUUACCUGCACCUAGGCCGUUCAGGGGUGGAAGGAAGGUUUACAGAAGUGGAAGGAUGAGCGGGAGUACGGUGCCGUUGGACAUCUAAGUCGGUUUCGGAGGUUUAGAAUAGCAAUAGCAAUUGAAAUUGAAAUUUAGGUAGGAAUAUUAGGCGUUUUCGCACGAUUCAUGCGAGUUCCCCAACGUUGGUUAUAACUUAUACCCGUCUUAU